UUUUUCCGUAACAAAAUAGCAAAGCUCGGGACGGUCCGCAGCCCAGGCCGCUCACAGGUGAAGGGACCCGGAGCCUAGGAGGCUGCCCCGGAGCAGGAAGCGCCGGCGGGCCGUGGAGAGACCUGGUCAAGAGCCGAUAGGCGCGCGGGGGUGGGCGCUGCAGCCGCGGGUUGUUUAUCUGGAGUACGGAGGGGAGGGGGGAGCCUGGAAACCGCCCCGUGUCCCAUUUCCUCCUCUUGUUUUCGCUCCGGAUUCUCCAUGUUGGACCCAAACUGAGGAGCCCGGAGCUGCCGCCGGGGGAUCGGGGCCGGGGGCACCCGGGGGAGCCGCUGCCCGGGCCGCCCGCCCUCCGUACAGGCCGCCUCCCUUCCCGGCCUGGGGAGGAAACGAGAGGGGGGAUGUGAACAGCUGUGGGAGUCGGAGUCUCGGAGCCGGAGCGGGCCCCCGCCCAGGCCCCCCAGCCCAACCCGCGCGCCCGCCAGUCCUCCCGCCCAGCCAGCCCGGGCCCGCGGGAUUGUUAGAUGGAACACGGCUCCAUCAUCACCCAGGCGCGGAGGGAAGACGCCCUGGUGCUCACCAAGCAAGGCCUGGUCUCCAAGUCCUCUCCUAAGAAGCCUCGUGGACGUAACAUCUUCAAGGCCCUUUUCUGCUGUUUUCGUGCCCAGCAUGUUGGCCAGUCCAGCUCCUCCACUGAGCUUGCUGCUUACAAGGAGGAAGCCAACACCAUUGCUAAGUCGGAUUUGCUCCAGUGUCUCCAGUACCAGUUUUAUCAGAUCCCAGGGACCUGCUUGCUCCCAGAGGUGACAGAGGAAGAUCAAGGAAGGAUCUGUGUGGUCAUUGACCUGGAUGAAACCCUUGUGCAUAGCUCCUUUAAGCCAAUCAACAAUGCUGAUUUCAUAGUGCCUGUAGAGAUUGAGGGGACCACUCACCAGGUGUAUGUGCUCAAGAGGCCUUAUGUGGAUGAGUUCCUGAGACGAAUGGGGGAACUCUUUGAAUGUGUUCUCUUCACUGCCAGCCUGGCCAAGUAUGCUGACCCUGUGACAGAUCUACUGGACCGGUGUGGGGUGUUCCGGGCCCGCCUGUUCCGUGAGUCCUGUGUAUUCCACCAGGGCUGCUAUGUCAAGGACCUCAGCCGCCUGGGGAGGGACCUAAGGAAAACCCUCAUCUUGGACAACUCACCUGCUUCUUAUAUCUUCCACCCAGAGAAUGCAGUGCCUGUGCAGUCUUGGUUUGAUGACAUGGGAGAUACUGAGUUGCUGAACCUGAUCCCAAUCUUUGAGGAGUUGAGUGGAGCAGAGGACGUCUACACCAGCCUUGGGCAGCUGCGGGCCCCUUAGCCUUCUCUGCUUCCAAGCAACAGCCAUCCUAGUAGGGGACUUUCCUACACUGUGCCUUUAUGACCAGCCUGACAGAGCGGAAGCUGGAGCACUUCACCAAAUGGGGCCUGGAAAUAGGGAGAAGAGACUGGAAAGAGCCUUAGGACAGCAGAUUAGACCCUGAGCGGGCAAAUAUCAGACCACCAGUACCCAGGGCUACCUGCUCCCUGAGUUGGGUUCUCAAGAGUGUGUGUGCGUGUGUGUCUUGCUGUGAACGGUUGCCCUGGGAUAUAGUGUUUCAGUUGGGGAGAAGCUAAAAGAUCAAGAGUCUUUCCAAGUUAGUUCAUCUCCUCUCCUGUUACCCUAAGAGCGACUGAGCUCUAUAUAGGGAUGAAGACUAUUGAAGGCUCCAUUGCCAAACCAUGGCCUUUCCUCAAUGUUGAAGGCCUAUGCCAAGGAGAAAGGAAGGGUCAGAGGCUGCCUUUGGAUGCCCCAGGCACACUCCUCUCUGAAAUCUUUCUUCAGCCAGCUGCUGCAGACAAAAAGAUGACAUAUCUGGAAAGAUGACAACUUGUUUCCAGAAUCAGUACCCCAGUGGCCCUCAAGUCCUGUGGCCCAAGGGCUGCACUUGCUUCCAGCCAAGUGCCUGGCAUGGGCCCUUUCUGUGUCUCCCCAAGGCUUGGGCACUGGACCUGUCUUCCUCACCACCUAGCCAUAGCCUUAAACCUGUGGGGAAGGAGUUCUUGCCCUGGAGGAGGACAGAUAACUGAUUUCCGUUCUUUUGACUGUGUUUUAAAUUCUCUUUCUAAACAUGGAGUAUUAGGCCUGGUUUGUUUCUGACAGAGCUGCAUCCUGGGCCUGAGAUAAAUGUGAGAGGCACUGGGGGUGCAGGGAAGAGAGAAAAUCCCCAGAGCAUGAAUUUGUGUGUCCUCUGGGCUUGUAGAUCAGCUCGGUUUGGGAUUGUUUCCAUAAGUCUGCUCUUCAGGGAUUAUCUGCUGGUGCAAGGACUUUUGUUCCAAAGGCUGGGAAGAGCUCUCUAAGCUGCUCCAGCCCCUCCUGUUUCUUGGGCAGGGCUCUUUCCUGUUGUGUCUUCCCACAGGGCCUGUCCUGUGCCAAGCUCUGUCUGUUCCAGCCUUCAUCCUUCCUGGCUGUCGCUUUUCCUCUCCAGGGCCUCAGAACUCCUGCUUUUCCUGGGCUGAGGUAGAAUGGGUGUUCUUGUGAUUAGGUUUGCAGCCUAACACACAUGCCUCUUGCCUCAAGGUAACAGGUGUGAGUGGGCCCCUCUCAGACCUGCACUCUGGGUGUCCCUAGCUUAAAGGUUCUUAAUAGUGAGUGCUUUAAAAAAAAAAAAAAAGUCACAAAAUGGAAGUUUCCCCAAGGUGGAAAACAAAAGGGGAAGUGCUGCUGUAAUUGAGAGCACAAUGGGCCCCCAAAAAGGAGCCCCACCCCACCUCAGUAUCACUGCCUUAAUUGUGGCCUCCCCCAGGGCUGGGUGGUGGUCUCACCUCUCUUUCCUCCCUCCUUUUGGGGUCGAGGGAGUUCCUAUCCUCAUUUCUGUUUUCCCUGGAGGCAGGUGUUACAAAGCAUUGUGAAUUGCUGCAGGUGCAGGGACACUGCCCACUCAGGACUCAUUCCCAUUAUCUUUUUCAAUUUCCCCGUACUAGGUCCAGCCUCAGGAACUAACUAGUUUCGAGAAAACCAGGUGGUGGAGCAGCAGCUUGGUGUUCUGAGCAGUAACUGGCUGGCUAGCAUCUUUCUCUAACACUGUUGUGCCAUUUUCCCUCAUCUCACGGUUGUAAGGCCUUGUCAUUCUCUGGUGUCACAGAAGUAGAACAGAGUCCCCAAAGCUCAUUUGGUCAUUUCCUCUAGCAUCAUUCCCUGGUGCCUGUGGGGUCCUGCUACAGGGAAAGGAAAGAGGGGUGCCAGUACCAAACCAGCAAUGACAUCUCCUGAAGGAAAGUGGGAGCUCAGACUCUAAGGCCAGCUGGGGCUUCAGAUCCAGGCCCUGGCCCGUGCCACUUUCCUAAUACUGCAAGAGGGGCCUCUCUCUCAAGCCCCACCCUAAGGCUUAGCCCUUGGGUUGACCAAAUCUUCUGCCAUCUGGACCCAGCCAAGUUUUUCUGACUAAAGCAAUAAGAGGCUCUAAGCUGAUUGAGUUCUAAGGACCCUUUCUGCCCUCUUUUGGAUCUCCGUGUUCCAGGUGGAGGAAGCACCUGUACCACUCGCUCUCCUAUUAGGCUUGUCCAAGUACUUGGAGUGUGACUCAUGACCAAAGCCCAGGACGGCUUGUUGGGAGUGUCCCUGCUGCUUCUGCAUGAAACCCCUGCUUUACAGGCCUCACUCCCGUCAGAACCCUGCCUGCGCACCUGCAGUUCUUCCACAGAAACAUCAUUGCCACUUCCCCCUUUCUUUCCCCAGAGAAAAAGCUCAGCCAGAUCUAAAAAACAGGGUCCAUCGAUGUGGACCAGAGCCAGCAUAGUGUCAUUAUUUUCUUACCAGUUUCUAGUUUCACAGUGUGUUAGGGGCAAGUGAUGAUUGAAAACUUGCUCCUCAGAGGAGUCAGGCCAGACUCAAUCUUGGAGGAGGGUAAGAUGGGGAGGGGGCUAGUUCACCCCUGGAUCUAUUCUGGGGCUUCUCACCAGCCCUUUCCAUUUGAGACUGUUCUUCGGGAGGCAAUAGGCCACCAUGCCUGAUAACAAUUCAAGCCAUGCCAGGAAUCUGCCCACCUGCCAGGGUCAGUUCUUUCAGGUGCCUCUUCAGAGACACAGUGUCUCUCUCUGAUUGGGCUUCUAAAUCAAAAGCCUGAUGUUCGUGUCCCUCUCAUAGGGGGAGCUUUGGACACAGGACCAGUUUGGAAAAGGGUCAGGUAAGGGUUUCCACUCUGCACAUUGUAGAGGGGAUACUCUGUAGGCCCAUGGGUCCCUUACUAGAGAGAUUGAGUGAAUUUGCCUUUAGUUGACCUGGGACCUUCUGUUUAGCUCUCCUGCCUCCCAAAGAUUUUGACCAUUUUGUAAACGUAUAAACUCACCUCUGUUAACAUGGCCCAGAAACAACUUUGUGCUAAAAGCAUGAGAAAUCUAAAGGCAGUUGUUCCCUGGGAAAUGGGUCUCAUUCUAUUCUGCUGCCCCUAACCUGUUCCUGAGGACUCAUUUAGUAACCCUUGCAAGGCUGUCCUGCAUCCAGUGUCCCAGCCAGGCCAGGCGUAUGAGAAAAGUAAGCCCGUUUUCCCCUUCAGGUCUUCAGGUGGUUACUUAGCCACUGUUAUCCUUCAGUCACCUUUUUUGUAAAAUGGGGGUUUAGUUUUUUGUCUUUCCUGUUUUAAAACGCCAGUAAAUAUCUGCAUUCAACCAGGGGAGAGGAGAUCAGAGGCCUGGCCAGCUGCUUCAUUCCUUUAAUGUGUGGCCUGCCCCUGAAGCAGACCUUCCUCUUUGGGCCCUGUGAAAUUCUUUGGUUGUGAUUACCCCAAGUUUGACAGGUUCUAUCUUGUGCGGCUUCCCCCUUCGGGAUGUGGAGGGUAGGGCAUCUGCUUCCCACUGUGACUGGGCUAUGGGAUUCUGACUACCUUGCUUACAGAUUCAUGGUUUGAUAAAUUUCUUGUAUUCAAAAACUUGAAAUGUAGGACGCCAUUACGUGUCUGUCUAUAUUUUUGGAAUAUUUGUAUUAAUUAAUAAAAGCAGGUUUAAAAAACCUAUCCAGGAAUGGAA